AUGGAAACUACAUCUCUUCCAAUUCUCAUCAUAGCCAUCAUCUCCAUCCUCACAAUCUUCAUACUCAUCCGCCAUGGCUGCUCCUUCAAGAACCUUCCACCAGGGCCAUACCCUCUCCCAUUUCUGGGCAACAUCUUCCUCCUCCGGAAACACUCCUCAUCAUUCUCAUCGCUCAUUCACACCCUCCAUGCUCACUAUGGCCCCAUCUUCACACUCCACUUCGGCUCCCGCCCUGUCAUCUUCAUCGCCGCCCAUUCCAUCGCCCACCAAGCUCUCAACCACAACGGCGCUGCAUUCGCUGGCCGGCCCCCUGCCUCCACCACUACUAAGAUCCUCUACAGCAACCAAAUCACCAUCUUCAACGCCUUCCACGGCCCCAACUGGAACCUCCUCCGUCGUAACCUCGUCUCUGAAAUCCUCCACCCCUCUCGCCUGAAACUCCACUCCGACACCCACCGGUGGAGCCUGCACUUGCUAGUCUCUCGCCUGAAAUCGCACUCCCAGGGCGGCGCCACUGCCGUUCGCCUUGUCGACCAUUUCUGGCCGACUAUGAUGGAGUUAUCAGUGUUCAUGUGCUUUGGAUUGAAGAUCGACGAGGAUCGAAUCAAAGCCCUAGCCGAUCUCCUCCAUCGCGUUCUGUUGUACUCCAGUAGAGAAAACAAACUCAAUCAGUAUCCAUUAAAAUUAGGGAAAUUCCUCUGCCCUAAUCUCUGGAAGGAACUCUCAACACUUCGAAACGAAAUCGAAACUGCAAUAAUUCCUCUAAUUAAAUCCAGAUUCCACGAAAGACAACGCGAAAUCGAACAAAAGAAGAACGAAUUAGAAACAAAAUCAGAACAGAUUUCGCCCUAUCUCGACACAUUGAUAAACCUACACCUCCCAGAAGAGAAUCGGAAGCUCGAAGAAGGUGAAAUCAUCAGCCUAUGCGUGGAAUUUCUCAACGGAAUCGUCCAUUCCACAGUAGUGGUGAUGGAAUGGGCAAUGGCAAACAUCGUAAAAUAUCCAGAAAUCCAAGAGAAGCUAUAUAGAGAGAUGAAUGAGGCGAUGGAUGGAGCAUCAACGAAAGACUACAUAAGAGAGGAGGAGUUGAAGAAGAUACCGUACCUGAAAGCAGUGAUAAUGGAGACCUUGAGGAGGCAUCCGCCAGGGCAUUUGGCACUACCACAUACAGUGACAGAGGAGGUGGUAUUGGACGGGAGAUUCGUGGUGCCGGAGAAAACGACAGUGCAUCUAGCGGUGGCGGAGAUGGCGAGGAACGAGGAGGUAUGGGAGGAGGCGAUGGAGUUCAGGGCGGAGAGAUUCUUGAGAAACGAGGAAGAAGAAGCGGAAGGUAGAGAAGAGAUUUGGAGGGGGAGGAGGGAGAUUAAGUUGAUGCCAUAUGGGGGAGGGAGAAGAAUGUGCCCAGGAGCUGGGAUUUCGAUGCUUCAUUUGCAGUAUUUUGUGGGAAAUUUGGUAUGGCUGUUCAAAUGGGAUGAGGAGGGUGAAGUUGAUCCUGAGGAGAAGUUUGAGGUUUCGAUCGUCAUGAAGACGCCGCUGCAGGCUCGCAUUUCCGCUCGCUAA